AUGCAGCAUUCGCGGAAUUCGCGAGGACACCGACACGGAAGAAGGGAUGCUGCAGCAUUCUAUCCCGCCGUCGUUGCGCCUCGUCUGUCUUGCGGCUCCAGCGAGCAAGAUGCCGCUUCGGAGGACUCUUACGGGGACUCAGAAUCAUCAGACUCAGAACGGGUCUGCUACAUCUCUCUGGCAUCGGCUCAUGAGGAGGACACAGUUCUUGGCCUUGGCUUGUUUGUGCACCGUCGAACACGCCGCCAAGUCCGCUUCAGGCUCCCGCACGACGUCUCCUUCAGCAUGGACUACCUGGACGUGAAUGCUUUCAACACGGGACUGCAAGCGAUGAAAGGUCGAGGAAGGGAAGCUGCCCUGGUGUCAUCUUCCCGUGGCCAGCUAAAUGCUUGGCUCCCACUCUUCGUCGACGGAAAGCACUGGGCACGGGCGAGGCCAUAUGUAGAGUCGGCUGUCGUGGCCCUAUCCGGUGCUCCUUGUAAGGAAUUCCCCGAGACCGCUCUCUCGGUAUGCUGUUCGUUGCUAACCCAGGCCGCUGUUUCGUUGAGUCUCGGGCAGGUGACUGAACGCGCUAUACAGAUGUAUGGAGAUUCGCAUAGGUUGCUGCUGCAGUUGGCGCAUGAGUGGCCUGAGCUGAAGCAGGUCGCUCACCGUCGCUUGCGACUGUUUCUGCAUCAUCCGGAGUCCCGGCUGCGCCACGUGACGCCUAGUUUGGGCGAUCUUUUGCACUGCAUGCUCAUCGUUGACGAUCUGGAGUGGGGCGAUUUGCAGGCGGCCGUUGUUCCCGAAGCUUUGCGACGGCACGUUUGGCGGCAGGAGUGCGGAGGCUACGUCUUCGAUGCAACUUCGGAUACGACAGCUGCAGGCAUCGUCGCGCAAUGGGACAUGUUCGCGCCAGAUGCGUGUAAAGUGCUCUGUUUCAUAGCCACCUACGUUAGUAGAGUUGGUCGACCAAGAGGCUCGUCACUCGAAGAUAUGAUGGCAGCCUUCGACCGGAACUGCGGCCACUUGCCGCAGGCACAUGAGGAGAUCAGCCAGCUGUGCUGCUCUCUGCAGCAUGAAAAAGCAGUGCGGGAGAUCCUGGAGAUGAUGGGUUUAGGCUCCUACUCCGAGGACUUCCUCGCGGAGACCCUGCUUUGGGCUGUCAGGAACGGUUCCAAACGGCAGUGGACCGGACCGGGCUCCAAAAGAAGGGACUCCGUAGCAGAGGGCUUAGAGGGCCCAGAUGAGAUGUGCCCUUUGCUUUAUCGGCUCCAGGACGGCAAGGCCCUCAGACUCAGGGCCAAGAGAAGAGCUCGUACUUCGAAGUGCCAUUGGAGGCCCAAGCUCAAGCGACAGCCGGAAACGCCUUGUCAGGGUCCAUCCUUGCAGGAGCUCGAAGAAGCAGCCUACACUGCCUAUAGGCACCUGGAGCUUCAGAAUGCGGUGCUCUGGAGCUGGCUGGUGUACUACGAUGCUGGAUGGGCUUGGUCGGCUUGGUGGGACUACAGCUGGUAA